AUGCACCGAUCGUUCCGAUUUCUCGCUCGACGAUCGAUUCAUACACAACGUACACCUCUCGAUUAUGACGUUAUUAUCAUUGGAGGCGGACAUGCUGGUACAGAGGCAUGUACAGCUGCAGCAAGAGUGGGUGCACGGACACUCUUGAUCACACAAAAUACAGACACAAUCGGUGAAAUGUCCUGUAACCCCUCGUUCGGUGGUGUUGGCAAAGGUGUAUUAGUUCGAGAAAUUGAUGCGUUGGACGGUGUAUGCGGUCGCAUAUCUGAUCUUUCCGGUAUCCAGUUCAAGGUGCUCAAUCGAUCCAAGGGUCCUGCUGUAUAUGGACCAAGAGCACAAAUUGACCGAAAACUCUACAAACGUCAUCUACAAGAGUACUUGAAGAACUAUCCAAAUCUGACAAUUCAAGCAGGAAGCGUUGCCGAUCUUAUCUUGAGCAAAGGAGAGUCUGAAAACGAGCAUCAUGCGAUCAAGGGAAAGGGAGCCAUGUCUUCAGUCCAGGGUAUCCGUUUGGAAAACGGACAAACAAUACGGGCGCCAAACGUUGUCAUCACAACUGGCACAUUUCUUGGUGGAGAAAUCCAUCUAGGUUUAAAGGUUUGGCCUGCGGGUCGAAUCGGUGAAGAUCCGUCUAACGGAUUAUCAAGAUCGUUACGAGAGGCUGGAUUCAGAUUAGGACGAUUAAAGACAGGUACACCUCCUCGGUUGGAUGGUCGAACGAUCAAGUAUAAAGGGUUGGAGAUUCAACGAGGAGAUGAUCCACCCUCGCCAUUUUCAUUUCUUCAUAAGACCGUACCCUACGCAGACCAACAAAUUUUAUGUCAUCAAACACGCACGAAUCCUCAAGUACAUCAGUAUGUUGAGCAAAACUUUGAUCAAAGCAUUCAUAUCCGAGAAACUGUAAAUGGCCCACGAUACUGUCCAUCAUUGGAAAGCAAAAUCAGACGUUUUAGAGAUAAGGAAGGACAUACGAUAUGGUUAGAACCUGAGGGUCUCGACACACAUGUCGUCUACCCCAAUGGAAUCUCAAACACAAUGCCUGAAGAUAUUCAACUCAAGUUUUUGCGCAUGAUCAAAGGUUUAGAGGAUGUUGAGAUGACUAUGCCAGCCUAUGGUGUUGAAUAUGACCACAUUGACCCUCGCGAGUUACGAUCGACACUCGAAACAAAACGGAUUAGCGGUCUUUUCUUAGCAGGUCAAAUCAAUGGCACAACAGGCUACGAAGAAGCUGCUGCGCAGGGUAUCAUUGCAGGCAUCAAUGCUGGUUUGAGUGCGCUGGGUCGAGAGCCGUUCAUUCUGGAUCGAUCCGACGCUUACAUUGGCGUGUUGAUCGAUGAUCUGGUUACCAAGGGCGUCGAAGAACCCUAUCGUGUGUUCACAUCGCGUUCCGAGUAUCGACUGUUGCUGCGAUCAGAUAAUGCUGAUUUACGUUUGACGCAAAAGGGUUAUAAAGCCGGCGUUGUUCACGACAGCCGAUGGCAGCAACAUGAGCAGAGUGCGAAUGCUUUUAAUAAUGCGUUCUUAGCGUUGGAAGAGAUGCGUAUGUCAGUUACGGCUUGGAGCAAACAGGGCAUAUUAACUCCAUCGCAGAAGUUGAGCGAAAGUGGCAUUUUGAAGAGUGGCAUGGAUAUCAUAACGCGACCUGAUGUGUCUUUAGAUAAGCUGUUCAGCGUUAUUCCAGCUUUGCAGUAUGUUGACGGAUCGUUGCGAGAACGUCUAUUGAUUGAGGGUCGGUACAAGCCAUACUUGAAACAUCAAGCAGCAGAAGUGGCUGCCUUGAAGCGUGAUGAAAAUUUGAAACUGGAUGUUAACCUUGAUUAUCAUGCGAUGACCUCACUCUCACAUGAAGUACGCCAAAAACUCGCAACAGCACGGCCUGAAACUUUGGGAGCUGCUGGCCGGAUAGAAGGCAUCACACCAGCUGCCAUGGUAUUACUUAUGCGUCAUACACGCCAUUUUGGACGCACAUCGGAUAUCCCACCUACUGCUACACAAGAAAAGAAAGUAAAAAUUAUAAGCGAAGCUGUAUAA